AUGGUUAGGGCUGAUGCAUCCGUCAGCAUCAAGGUGCUCCUAAAUGCCACCGCUGCACACUUUGGGUUUAGGCCAACUUUCAGGAGGGUCUGGUUGGCGAAGCAGAAGGUUGUUGCCCUCAUCUAUGGUGACUGGGAUGAGUCGUACAACGAGCUCCCAAGACUAUUCUGGACGUUUCCACCGUGUAUCGAGGUAUUCCGUCAUUGCAAGCCCCUAGUUAGUAUUGACGGCACCCAUCUGUAUGGCAAGUAUGGUGGAACGUUGCUUGUCGCGAUUGCACAGGACGGGAACUCCAAUAUACUCCCUGUUGCGUUCGCAUUAGUCGAGGGUGAGAAUGUUGAGUCGUGGUCCUUCUUUCUCUCUCACCUGCGUCAGCAUGUGACACCGCAGCCGGGUCUGCUGGUUAUCUCGGACAGGCAUAACGGCAUCAAGGCUGCGCUUGAGGCUCCUGACGGAGGCUGGUCCGAAGAUCCGGCGAUGUGUGACUGGGCGAACCGGAUUGAGUAUUCGUUGUGGACACAGCAUUGUGAUGAGGGGCGUAGAUUCGGACACAUGACGACGAAUAUAUCUGAGUGUGUGAACUCGAUCCUCAAGGGUGUUAGAAACCUUCUUGUGUGCUCGCUAGUGAAGGCAACAUACGGAAGGUUGGCCGAAUUAUUUGUUCGCAAAGGGAGAGAGGCUGAGGCGCAGAUGGGAACCGGAGCACAAUUUAGUCAGCACUUGGUGAAGUGUAUAGAGGCCAACUUGAAGACGGCUAGGUGCUUCACGGUUACUGUGUACGACAGGGAUAACUCCGAGUUCACCGUCGCAGAGACAACUCCGACUGGUUCUUUCUCAUUGGGUAGCUACAGAGUCUUGCUUGCAUCUCACACAUGUGACUACGGAUACUUCCAGGCACUUCAUUUCCCGUGUCCCCACGCAUUGGCAUGCUGUGCCUACUCACGGCUUACAUGGGAGCCUUACGUCCACCAGAUGUAUCGUCUUAGUUCGGUCUUCAGUGUGUAUCGGAUGGGUUUCACACCUCCCAUUCCGGAGGGUUUCUGGCCACCAUAUGACGGGCCGACUGUCAUCCCUGACCCCAACAAGAGGCGUGUGAGAGAGGGUCGUCCGAGGUCUACUCGGAUACGGACCAAUAUGGACGAGGCAUAUCCGAACCGGCCAAAGAGAUGUGGGCUUUGUCGGCAGCCCGGCUACACACGUCGGAGCUGCCCACAGCUCGGAGGAGCAGAGCACACACGGGGACAUGAUUAG